AUGCCUGAUUAUAGACAUCGCUUGCCUCAUUAUCGAGAAACUUUACGGCGUUCGCGUACUUCCUAUUCAACCUUUCAAACUGCAUUAUUCUACUUGUUUCGAAUUAAACCAAAAAUUGCUUCUAUUUCCCAAUAUACCAAACAAACCUCCGAGUAUAAUUCAGUUACGAACCGAUGUUCAGGUCAAAAUAAUGAUCCUGCAACUUGUGGUAGACGAAUAUUUUUGGCAUCUCUUAUCGUUGCAUCAAAAUAUCUUCAAGAUCGUAAUUAUUCAAAUCGUGCCUGGUCCAAAAUAUCUGGUCUUCCUGUUAAUGAAGUUAAUGCAAAUGAAAUUUGCUUUCUUAAACUUAUUAAUUACAAUCUUUUUAUAUCCGAGGAUAUUUUUAAACGUUGGAGUAGCCUUUUGCUAAAGCACAUUCAAGCUAUUUCAGGCCCUGACAUAUCAAGUCCAGACGCUUUUAGGAGAGUAGAAAAUCAAAAAGGUGUUAACUUAUUCUGUGAAACUUUGAGAUCUAUGGAUCCGAUGGCAAUGGAAUCUAAAAAAUUCAAUUUAGAAAGCUAUCCAAUUACUCCUGCAGUGAGUACAUCUGGAUCACCAUGCAAGCAACAAUUUUAUGCGGUGAAAUGUCCAAUUUCUUCGUCAUUAAUUGAAGAAAUUGAGGAUAAUUCUAUUAAUACUCAUGAAUCUAAAUUGAAAAGAAUUCAUUCGUCAUCCAAAUGUUUUGAUAUUGAUCAUUUUUUAGAAAAACAAUAUGUUUCUUCACCUAUCUCUACUUUUGGUAAUAAUCGGGCUUUAGCUAAUGAUUGCAACGAGACCAAAUUAGAAAGAUGUCAAAAUGUCAUGGUACGAGCUCUCGCGUAG